AUGGCGAUCAAAGACAGUGGAAAGAAGCGCGGCCAGAUUCCAGGCCCCAAAGGCCUUCCUGUACUGGGUAACCUCUUCGAUCUCGACCUUGACGACUCUCUCACAUCAUUAAUAAACAUGGGCCAAAAAUACGCCCCCAUCUUCUCUUUAGAAAUCGCUGGCCACAGAGAGAUUAUGCUAUGCAGUCGUGAUCUCGUCGAUGAAGUAUGCGACGAAACAAGAUUCCACAAACUCGUAACAGGCGGUGUUGAUAAGCUCCGUCCUUUGGCCGGAGAUGGUCUUUUCACAGCACAGCAUGGGAACCACGAAUGGGGAAUUGCACAUCGAAUUCUUAUGCCGCUUUUUGGACCUCUCAAGAUUCGAGCAAUGUUUGAUGACAUGCAAGAUGUUUCAGAACAACUUUGUCUCAAGUGGGCUCGUCUAGGACCCUCAGCAACCAUCGACGUAGCCAGCGACUUCACCCGCCUCACGCUAGACACCAUCGCCCUAUGCACAAUGGGUUACCGCUUCAACAGCUUCUACAGUAACGAGAAGAUGCACCCAUUCGUCGACAGCAUGGUCGCCGCCCUCAUCGAUGCCGACAAGCAAUCCAUGUUUCCUGAUUUCAUUGGUGCUUGUAGAGUAAAGGCACUUGCUGCAUUCCGCAAGCACGCCGCUAUUAUGAAGGACACAUGCAAUGAGCUCAUACAGGCACGACGAAAGAAUCCCAUCCAGGGAACCGACCUACUAACUGCCAUGAUGGAAGGCAAAGACCCAAAAACAGGGGAGGGCAUGAGCGACAGUUUGAUCACUCAGAAUCUCAUCACUUUCCUAAUUGCAGGACAUGAGACCACUUCGGGGCUUUUGUCAUUUGCAUUUUACUAUCUUCUAGAGAAUCCUCGCACUCUUGAGAAGGCAAGGGCGGAAGUCGACGAGGUGGUUGGGGACCAGAGCUUGAACGUUGAUCAUCUUGCAAAGAUGCCAUACGUUAACAUGAUCCUCAGAGAGACUCUCCGUUUGAUGCCUACUGCCCCCGGUUUCUAUGUAACGCCGGCGAAAGAUGAGAUCAUUGGUGGUCAAUAUUCUGUCGCUGCGAAUGAGCCUUUGCUCUGCUUCCUCCAUCUCGUUCAUCGUGACCCUAAAGUCUGGGGUUCUGAUGCAGAGGAGUUCAGGCCUGAGCGUAUGGCGGAUGAGUUGUUUGAGGCUUUGCCUAAGAAUGCUUGGAAACCCUUCGGUAACGGAAUGCGAGGUUGUAUUGGUCGUGAGUUUGCCUGGCAAGAAGCCAAGUUGAUAACUGUCAUGAUUCUACAAAACUUUGACCUUUCGAAGGCUGAUCCCAGCUACAAGCUCAAGAUCAAGCAGUCGCUUACCAUCAAGCCUGACGGUUUCAACAUGCAUGCCAAACUCCGCAAUGACCGAAAGGUUUCCGGUUUAUUCAAGACUCCCAGCCUAUCGAGCCAGCAGCCCAGCUUGUCCAGCCGUCAAAGCAUCAACCCAAUCAACGCCAAGGACUUGAAGCCCAUCUCCAUCUUCUAUGGAUCCAACACAGGAACCUGCGAAGCGCUGGCGCAAAAACUCUCUGCUGAUUGCGUCGCUUCUGGAUUCAUGCCUUCCAAACCUUUGCCUCUGGACAUGGCCACGAACAACCUUUCAAAAGACGGACCAAACAUCUUGCUCGCUGCUUCGUACGACGGAAGACCUUCUGACAACGCCCAAGAGUUUACGAAGUGGGCUGAGUCGCUAAAGCCUGGACAAUUGGAGGGUAUCCAAUUUGCAGUUUUUGGGUGUGGUCAUAAGGAUUGGGUUUCCACGUACUUCAAGAUACCCAAGAUUUUGGACAAAUGUUUGGCAGAUGCAGGCGCAGACCGACUUGUCGACAUCGGUCUUACAGACGCAAGCACUGGCCGUUUGUACUCCGACUUUGACGACUGGGAGAACCAGAAGCUCUUUGCCGAACUCUCCAAGCGCCAAGGCGUCGCACCGGUCGAUGAAUCUAAUCUCGAACUGAACGUUACCGUCAUCAAGCCUCAAAACAAUGAUAUGGGCGGUAACUUCCGGCGUGCCGAGGUUAUCGAGAACACACUCCUCACAUAUCCUGGGGUCUCUAGAAAGCACAGUCUGUUGCUGAAACUGCCCAAGGAUAUGGAGUACACGCCCGGUGACCAUGUUCUGGUUCUUCCCAAGAACCCGCCUCCGUUGGUAGAACAGGCCAUGUCGUGCUUUGGGGUACAUAGCGACACUGCGUUGAUAAUUUCCUCCAAGAGACCGACGUUCUUGCCGACUGAUACCCCAAUACUUACUUCUAGUCUUCUCAGUUCCCUUGUCGAGUUGUCUCAGACUGCUAGUCGAACAGGUCUUAAGCGACUAGCUGACUUUGCUGGCGAUGAUAACAUAAAGGCAUGUGUUGAGCGUCUUGCAGGUGAUGACUAUACCAGUGGAGUUGAGGAGCAGCGCUUGUCCAUUCUUGACAUCCUACGAAAGUACCCGUCUAUCAACAUGCCGUUGUCGACUUUCUUGUCCAUGCUGCCUCAGAUGCGUCCCCGAACCUAUUCCUUCGCCUCGGCACCAGAGUGGAAGCAAGGACACGGAAUGCUUUUGUUCUCUGUUGUCGAAGCUGAAGAGGGUCCAGUUGCUCGGCCGGGCGGUCUUGCCACAAACUACAUGGCUCAAUUGAGACAUGGGGAUUAUGUACUGGUGGAACCACGACCUUGCAGGCCCGAGUUGCGCACAACGAUGAUGAUUCCUGAACCCAAGGUUCCCAUCAUCAUGAUCGCUGUCGGUGCUGGGUUGGCCCCAUUCCUUGGUUACUUGCAGAAGCGUUUCUUGCAGGCACAGAAUUUCCAGCGAACCAAUCUUCCAUGUUGUACUCUGAUCUUUGGUUGCAGAGGUGCAAAGAUGGAUGAUAUUUGCCGCGAUCAACUCGACAAGUACUCUCGAGCGGGUGUUGUCACUGUCCACCGAGCCUACAGUAGAGAUCCGGACGCUGAAUGCCAGUACGUGCAGGGCGUGGUGAAAAAGCACAGUGAGACCUUGGCAAAACAGUGGGCUCAAGGUGCUAUCGUCAUGGUAUGUAGUGGAAAGAAGGUGUCUGAUGAUGUGAUGGAUGUUCUGAGUCCUAUUCUGUUUACUGAAGAGAAGAGGUUGGGAAUGACAACUGUAGAUGGCGUUGAUGUCUGGAGGCAGAAUGUACCCAAGGAGCGUAUGAUCUUGGAGGUGUUUGGGUAG